AUGUGUGCACAUUUAUCAGAUGAUGCUUGUAAUGAUGAUGCUGAUUGUACUGAUGGAGAAGUAUGUGGCGAUAAUAAAUUGUGCCUUAUUAACCAAGGAGGGCCUUGCGUAGGUGCCAAUUUUGACCCUGAUUGUAUAACUUUAAUUUGUCGUAUUGCUGGUUCUGAUAUGUUCAAAUGCCAACUCACUGAUGAUCAUCCUGCUGGAGGCUCUUGUUUUGUAGAUAAAGCAUGCAAAA